AGCGGGGCUAUUCCCUCUAUCUCAGACCCACCAUGAUUGGAACCCAGAGCACUUUGGGUGUUGGCAAACCCGGGAGUGCACUGCUAUUUGUUAUUGCUUCCCCGGUAGGCCCGUAUUAUCCUACUGGAUUCAAAGCAGUCAGUCUUGAGGCGACCAGCCGCUACAUCCGUGCCUGGCCCGGCGGUGUCGGAGACAUGAAGCUCGGCGGAAACUAUGCACCUUGUAUCGUCCCCCAACUUGACGCUGCGUCUCGUGGCUUCCAUCAAAACCUCUGGCUCUUUGGCGAGGAAGGAUAUGUUACUGAGGUGGGAACAAUGAACCUCUUCGUCGCAUGGAUCACCCCUGAAGGCCAGAAGGAAAUCGUUACUGCUCCGUUGGACGGAACUAUUCUCGAAGGUGUCACCAGAGACUGCAUCCUUGCACUCGCGAGGGAACACCUCACUAAGGAGGGCUGGGAGGUUAGCGAGCGUAAAUUCACCAUCGGGGAGGUAGCUAAAGCUGCAGAUGAAGGCAGGUUGGUCGAGGCCUUCGGGAGUGGGACCGCCGCAGUUGUAUCACCGAUUAGACUCAUUUCCUGGGAUGGCGGCAUUGGUGGUACACCUAGAGACAUUACGAUACCCCUGCAGGAGGGUAAGGAAGCGGGCAUGCUCGCCGAGAGAAUGUGGAAGUGGAUGGAGCAGAGGCAGUAUGGGGACGUCGAGAGUGAUUGGAGUUACGUUAUUCCCCAACACCACCUCUAAUUUAAACUAGAUAGAUACCUUUUUUUCUUCCAUUUUAUUUCCUUCAAUUUCGGGGUGGGGUGUUGAGGGAAAAUUAGAUUCUUACCAUUUUUUAUAUUUUUUCCCCCUUCGACAUAAGAUACUGUAGUCAUUGUUCCGGGAAAGCAUUCAUGCUCACCCAAAUAGAAAUGAUAUGUCUCUUCCUUUUUUU